UGUUGGUGCAAACAGCAGCGGAGCUCCAGGUCGACGUCAGGAGAUCGAGGGAAAACGGAAGCCGCGAAAGGGAAGAGGAGAUCGGUUGAUAGAGCGAUAGGUGGAUUGGGAGGAGGGAGAUGAAUGUUGGGGAGGAGGAAGGAGGCGGAGGAGGAGGAGGAGGGGAGGAGAUGGAGGAGGAUGGGAAGGAGGAGAUGAUGGUGGUGGAGGAGACGAUGGAGGAGAAGGGGAGGGAUAAGACGGUGCUGAUGUGGGGUUACCUCCCUGGAGUGUCGCCGCAGAGAUCGCCUCUGCUUCACCCGGUGGCCGUCCGAAUGCCGGAUUCGCCCGCAGGAGACCGGUGGCGGGACGUCAGUGGCGGAGGAUGCGGAUUUGCCAUGGCCAUCUCUGAGUCAGGCAAGCUAUAUACAUGGGGUUCUACCGAUGACAUGGGUCAAAGCUAUGUUACAUCGGGGAAGCAUGAGGAGACUCCGGCAAUAUUUGACCUCCCAACCGAGGUGCCCAUAAUUAUGGCAGCAGCAGGAUGGGCUCAUUGUGUUGCAGUCACUGCUCAAGGAGAGGUCUACACAUGGGGAUGGAAAGAGUGUGUGCCUACUGGCAGGAUCACUAGAGAUCAGUCUUCCUCUGGUGGAACCUCAGAAAAAGAAGAAAGACACAGUGGAUUGUUAAGUGAUCAAGUGAGUCCCAGAUCACAGGGCUCAAGAGCUAGUGGAACCCUGUCAGGUUUUGAUAGUAGAGGUGGUGAUGAGAAUACGAAGCGAAGAAAGUUGUCUUCAGCUAAAAUGGGACCCGAAAGCUCAUCCUCUGGUGAAGAAGCUCUUUCGGCACCUCCAUGCCUUGUAACUCUUAAUGUAGGUAUCCAUAUCACUGGUGUUGCUGCUGGUGGACGACAUACACUAGCAUUGUCGGUUUCAGAUGUAGGUCAGGUGUGGGGUUGGGGCUACGGAGGAGAAGGGCAACUUGGUUUGGGUACUCGUAUCCGGAAUGUGUCUUCUCCUCAUCCUGUACCUUGUAUAGAAUCAGCUUCUUUCAAUAAAGACCGAUCAUCACCAGCUGCCAAAGGGAAACAAAGCUCAGAUGGACAGGCAUAUAAACUCAUAGGAAGCUGUGUGAAGGCCAUUGCUUGCGGGGGUCGUCACAGUGUUGCAGUUACAGAUACUGGAGCCCUACUUACUUUCGGAUGGGGACUUUAUGGCCAGUGUGGACAAGGAAGUACCGAUGAUGAGCUGAGUCCAACAUGUGUAUCAUCACUUUUGGGUGUCACAAUACAAGGAGUUGCUGCUGGCCUGUGGCAUACAGUAUGCACAUCUGCUGAUGGUGGUGUGUAUUCGUUUGGUGGGAAUCAGUUUGGGCAACUAGGAACUGGUUCUGAUCAAGCUGAGCAUGUUCCAUUCGGACAAAAAGAGGAGUUACAUGUAUCACCAGAGACCUAAGCAUGCUCCAUUAGUGGACAGAUUCCACACAGAACUUGAAACCUGUGCCCUCUACAAUUUGACUUAUUUUGAUGAAAAAAAGGAACCCAGUGCGCUAAUCAUAUGCAAAGCAUCCAAAAAGAAGCAUGAAAUUUUGCUAAGAAAUGGGUCGGAAAUAUGGUAAAGAGCAAAGCUGCUUUUCAUAGAUCAAGUUCUUUAAAUUUUUUCCUGUAGGUUAUUUUAUAAGCCAUAGGUGUAACUAGAAUAUAUCUGGCCGAAGACAGGAACUAUAACUACGGCCAUUAAUUUGGAUUAUGUUAAGAACUUUAGAUAUUUUUGAAUAAAGAUGACUUUCAAUGAUUUGAUAUUGGUGCUCAUAGCAUGCUUGUGGUUACAGACUCUACCCAAG